AUGCAUGAGAACCGAAAGCGUUCGGCCGAACGACUGCAACAUGCGACAGUGGAAGAGAAGAUUUCAAACAACAAACAUUCAUCAUCAGCCAGCAUUAGAUCUAUGGAUUUUAAAUAUAACAUGAUUGUUGGUAUGAGACGAGAAAAUUCAUAUACUGUUGGAAAGAAGGUGGAUUUAAUUCCGAUAACGAGUAUAGAGGAUGAAAGGGAAUUGUUAAAAAGAUGUACUUCAUUAGGAUUUACAAGAAACGGGCAUCAUUUAAUUGCCUAUACUUUGGAAGAUGACAGCUCUGUGGAGGAUUCAACAGCAAAUGUUUCUUUUGAAAAUCAGAUGCUCGAUAGUGCUAAAAAAUGUUUAUUCCUUGUGUUUUUCAAAUUCGACGUGAAUAGACGAUUAAAAUUGGACAUCAUGUUUCAGUUAGUGAACAAUAACCCAAAAGAAAUUCUAUUUAAUUCGAAUAGAAACACCCUCUCGCAAGGAUUGCAAAAUUAUGCCAUGAACGAAAACGUUACUACGGUUGACUCGAAUGGUCAAUUAUUAUCAAACCCAGAAAACAAGACUAUUGUAAAGAACAAGAAUAUUUCUUUCGACCACUAUAUUCCAAAAUUUAUGGUAAAUGACAUUCAUUUCCAUGUUACCGAAUCAAUUGAGGAAGAUAUGUUUUUUGUUUAUCAAUAUUGCACAACUGCUGCAGAGAAAAUUUUUCUACUCUCCAUAUUUCCAAAUAUUCUUAACAUUGAGGAGGGAAACAUUUAUGCUGUUACCAUUAGAUAUUCUUCAUCCAGUGAUGUCAAUACCAGCAUUUUUAAUCCAAUGUUUCAUGUGGUGCCAAUCUUGACAGACCAUAGAGAGCACGAUGAUGGCAAACUUGACAAUAUGCAACAACCGAGUGAAAUUUGCCAUUAUUCAUUCGAAAGAAACCUUCUUCAUGGAUUUUCCACGAAAGCACAAGGUUCUUAUUUGAUUGCGCUACCUACAUCGAAUACCAUAGAACUGUUCACUCUUCAUCCUACGACCAUUCAUUCGAAAUUUCAAGUUCACGACCCAUUAGAGAGAGACAAUUUCGAAGACAAUCAAGAGUCAUGCGUUCACAAAGGGCUCAGUGAUAAUGUCACUUUCGAAUACAUCCCAUUGUUAAAAAAGAGCGACUUGGUGCAAACAAGUUUUGUUAGUGCUCGUUGGUUUUAUCAUUUCCACGUUGAGGAAUUUCUCAUGUCCACUCUGGAACAAUUCGAGAAAAUUUUGGAUUAUGGUUUCAAAAUUAUCAAAUGCCAAGAUUCUACAAAUUGUCUCUUUUUUGUGAUAGUGGUGGAUUUGGCUGUUUCAACAACCAUUCAGAGUCAUGAGAGACGCGUCGUGUAUCAUUGCUGCCUUAAAUUUAACAAUUUUUCAGGUGAUUGUCAACCUCCAACCUUAAAGAUCAUUCACAAACAAUCGAUCCAAGUCGAUCCCAAAUUUUCCACAUUUCAAUUUGCUCAAACUCUUUGUGUCAUGUAUUUGAAAAUGGAAGCGCCAAGACUCACCAAUUUUCAAACUCACACCAACGAGAAUCUUUUUACCACAGGUCAAUCUUCUAAAGCAAUACCUCAUCCCCUCCUUCCUCUUUGCAUUGUCAACAACAAUCCAAAAUAUACCUCUCAACAACGUUGA